AUGAACAGAGGCGGUGGGAAUCCCAAUCGUGGGAGGGAACCCUUCAGAGGAGGUCGUGGUGGAAGCCGUUGGGACGGUGGUCCUCAUGGUGGCCGCGGCAAUUUUGUGCAAGGGGGUCCGAGCGGGACGGCCGGGGACGAUGGCGGUUCUCAGGAAGGCCAAGAAAAUCGAUCCACGGUGUUUGGAGAUGGGGUGUUUCGGGCUGGUCAUGCCCGUCCCAAUGAUAAUGGGGGCGGGUACCGCACCAAUGGCUACAACCGGAACAACAAUGGCGAUGGCCGUCGUUAUUUCGGGGACAAUGGAUACAAUCAGCGCCGGUUCAAUCAUGGUCCGAAUUUUGAGAGGUAUGGCAAUAAUCGGAUCCCGCCUAAUUCCACUAGUUUGAAUGACAUACAGGAAAAGUUGGUUAGAGAGACAGCUGAGGCUCUGGCUCGGCAAUUCGCAGAUAGUGCGGGACAUAAUGUGGGGGCAGUUGAUGCUCGUGUUGCACCAAAUGCUUCUCAACCCAAUGUGCAGGUGCAGAAGGAGGUGGUACCUCGGGUUGCUGCAGCUGUGCAGCGUUCAGUGGUGCCGCCUCGGCAGCCAAGUGUGGAAGCAACCCUCUUGGCAGUGGCCGGUAUAACACCUCAAGCAGCAGAUACUUCAGCUGAUGCUCCGAGUAUGGGUGAUAAUGCGAGAGCUGGUCACAUCACCACGGAGUGUCCCUUGCUGAAGGCUCCGAGGCCUAGAUUGGCUAUGUAUGGAUUGGGUCAUGCCGACCUAUCCUUUUGGGAACUGCCAUUGUCUGAUUCUGUGAAACCUAGAAUUGAGAAUACCAGAAUUGGGAGGGUCUCUAUUUCUGGGGGUUCUCUUACUUUGUCAGAGGUAAUUGCACAGUUACAAUGGAUUGUUCCUGAUGAGCAAUAUGAAUGGGAGGUACAGGAAGUGGAGAAGGAUGUUUAUAGAGUGAAUUUUCCAAUGGAGGGGCAGCAGCCUAAUAUCCCUGCGGAUGUUACGAUGACGAGUGUACCAGGGGAUGAUGAAGAUCCCAAUGGUAAUGGCUCGGGGCAUUCUGAGGAUAGUGCAACUGAUCGAGAGGCUAAACGUUCCAAAGGUGUUACUGAUAACAAAACUGAUGGUGACCCAACUCUGCAUCCACAAGAACCUACAUUUACUGAUGUUUUUUCUUCCGAGGACAGAGAGCAGCAAUUGUCCGCUGUUCAGUUCCCGGCGAGUCUGGUUUCACCAUUGUCCACUACUCUGACCGUUGGUGAAGGUGCAUGCUCAUCGCUGCAUGGGGCAGCCGAUCCAAUCCUAGAAUGUGCUGCUGGCUCACGUCCAUCAUCACAUGUGCCGGAUGAUCCAAGGCAGUAUGGCGGGAGUACUCAGGCAGCGUGCAAUUUGACAGUGAGCGAUGGCUCGCUGACGCCUGCCAGCCCAUGUAGACAGCUGCGAUACGCAGCGUCUGUGUGGCCCGACGGCAGCCCAAGGCCCGGCAUGCAUCAACAAAGCCUGAAGCCCAUGCUGCAUGCCGAGCCCAGUAUGCAUGGUAUCGGUUGUGCGGCACGAGCCCCUGUUUUGGAAGAGGCAAAAACUUAUUCUCGUGAUGAGGUUAUUGCGUUUGGAGGGAUUUCGGAGGAAAGCAUACGGGGGGCUCGAUCAAGUGCAAGGAUUGGAGCUCAGCCCAAUGUAGAUGACACCCAAAUGCAGCGGGCAAUGAGCUCGGCGCAGCGAAAGUUGGUGUACAAUAUGCCUGUGUCCGUGUAUGGAGCGGCACAAGACACUCGUAAACCUGAGUUUUUGUCUGAACUGGUUAGGAUCUGUGAUACUGAGUCUUUGCCUAUACUUUUGGCUGGGGAUUUUAAUAUACUUCGUAAACCAGAGGAGAAAAGUAAUGAUAACUUUAAUCCUAGAUGGCCUUUUAUGUUUAACGCAAUCAUUGAGAACUUAAAUCUGCGGGAAAUUGCUUUAUCUGGUCGUCAAUAUACGUGGGCGAAUAGGAGAAUUAUCCCAACUUAUGAGAAGUUAGACCGGGUACUAGCAAGCGUGGAGUGGGAACAAAAAUUACCUCUUGUUUCGGUGCGAGCUUUGUCCCAAGCGGGAUCGGAUCACACUCCACUACUAAUUGAUUCAGAGAAGGAACGACUGCUGAAUUUAAUUGACUUCUUAGACAUUCAGGCUGAAACUUGUCCUCUAACUGAGAGGGAGAGGCUUGAUUUAAAAAAAGCGAACGAUCAAUUGAAUAAACUUAGACGAGAAGAAGAGAUCAAAUGGGCACAAAGGGCUAAAGUGAAACAUAUACAGGAGGGAGGGAAUAAUACAAAAUACUUCCAUCUGAUUGCAAAUGGCAAACAUAGGAAGAAUUUUUUUUUCCAAUUAGAACAAGAAGAAGGCACUAUUGUGGGUGAUGACAAUUUGAAAGUUUACAUCACUGAAUACUAUAAGAAACUUUUUGGACCUCCUGAAGAUAACUUUUUCGAAAUGAUGGAAACUCGUACCGAUGAUAUUCCUCAAAUUUCUGAUGAGGAAAAUGCUCUCCUAACCGCUGACUUUUCGGAGGAAGAAGUUUUUGAAGCCAUAUCUCAAAUGGAACAUAACAAAUCGCCGGGGCCGGAUGGGUUUCCUGCGGAGUUUUAUCAAAGAUUUUGGGAUGUCAUUAAAAAAGACCUAAUGGCUAUGUUUGGUCAUUUCCAGGCUGGUGGUUUCCCUUUGUUCAAGCUUAACUUUGGGAUUAUUACCCUACUACCUAAAAAAGAAAAUGCGGUGCAAAUUCAGCAAUACAGGCCUAUAUGCUUACUAAAUGUCAGUUUCAAAAUUUUCACCAAGGUGUCCACUAAUCGAGUGUCGGUAGUGGCACACAAAAUAGUUAAACCUACUCAGACGGCCUUUAUGCCUGGUAGACACAUUUUAGAAGGGGUUGUUGUUUUGCAUGAGACAAUCCAUGAAUUACAUCGUAAAAAGAUAGAUGGGGUUCUAUUUAAAAUUGACUUCGAGAAGGCAUAUGACAAGGUGAAGUGGCCUUUCCUUCAACAAGUUUUGCGAAUGAAGGGUUUUAACCCAGUUUGGUGUGAUCGUAUUAAAAAUUUUGUUCAAGGGGGAAGUGUUGGGAUAAAGGUUAAUGAUGACAUUGGUCAUAAUUUUCAAACAAAAAAGGGUCUGAGGCAGGGAGACCCGUUAUCCCCUAUUUUAUUCAAUAUCAUAGCUGAUAUGUUAGCUAUUUUGAUUAUGCGGGCUAAGGAAGCUGGUCAUGUGGGUAGUCUUAUCCCCCAUUUGGUUGAGGGGGGGGUGUCGGUCUUGCAAUAUGCAGAUGACACUAUCAUUUUUAUGGAGCAUGACAUAGAAAAAGCGGUUAAUAUGAAACUUAUCCUGUGCAUUUUUGAGCAGUUAUCGGGACUAAAGAUAAAUUUUCAUAAGAGCGAAUUAUUUUGUUUUGGUAAAGCAUCAGAGAUGGAACACCAGUAUAAAGAAAUAUUUGGGUGUGCUUCUGGGUCUUUGCCUAUUAGAUAUCUUGGUAUUCCAAUUCAUCACCGUAUGCUCCGUAACUCUGAAUGGAAUCCGGUGGAAAAUAGAUUUGAUGCAAAGUUAGGUUGUUGGAGGGGAAAGAUGCUAUCGUAUGGGGAUCGCCUUACCCUUAUCAACUCAGUUCUUACUAGUCUACCUAUGUUUAUGUUAUCUUUUUUGGAGAUUCCGAUAGGAGUGAGAAAGGGACUUGAUUUUUAUCGAUCUCGCUUCUUUUGGCAAUCCGAUGAACAUAAGAAGAAAUAUAGAUUGACUCGUUGGAAUAUAAUAUGUAGACCGAAGGAUCAAGGGGGUUUAGGUAUUGAAGUUCUUGAAUUGAAAAAUAAAUGUUUGCUAAGAAAAUGGCUUUUCAAAUUACUAACGGAGGAGGGAAUGUGGCAACAACUAUUACAUAAUAAAUAUCUCAAACAUAAGACUUUAGCUCAAGUUGAGGAGAAACCCACUGAUUCCCCAUUUUGGAAGGGUUUAAUGAGGGUUAAAUCUGAUUUCUUCAAGCGGGGACAAUUUAAGAUAGGGGAUGGGUCGAGGACUAGGUUCUGGGAGGAUGUAUGGUUGGGUGAGGUUAUUCUUCGUGCGGCGCAUUGGAUACAGCUAUGGGCUUACCUUCUUCCGGAGGAGCAGCGGGAUAUUAUGGUUACUGGAUGCAACCAUCUAUUGACGGUCACACGGGAUUGUUAUUUCCAGGCUACUGGGUGGCGACAUAUUAGAAGAAUCGAAGAUGGAUAG